AGCGUCUGUGUGGCGCACAUAUCUUCUCUACGUUGGAGGCUGUGGUCGCUGUGGUUGAACGUGGGUUGAACCGUUGAACCAGCACUACCACCACCGGUUGAACUUGCGUAAUUCCCUUUGUGGUAGUGAAUGAUAUUGAACUUGUGUUAUGAUUUUUUGAAUUUGUGGUUCGCCAACAAAGUGUUCAUUGCACGGUGCUGUGCGUGGUAACCGUGUGUGUGUGUGUGUGCGUGCGUGCGUGCAAACUCUGUGGCUGAACUGCACAGAUUCAAGGGUCCUCCGCAAGCUCAGCCGGAGUGACGUAAGCCAGGCACACGAAUGGAAGCGCAGCGCAGGUGAUUGUCUCCGAGGUCGUCUGCUUCGCAUUCGCACUGCAAUAUACUAAAUGAAAAGAUCUGACGAAUGAAAACACGCUGACCUUCGCUUACAAGUGUCUCUCCACGACCGCAGAUGCCAUCACUCCCACCCGGCAGUCGGACACCAACCACCAAGCUACAGUAAGGUUGAGAAGUUAAAGAUGUCCGAACGUGGUGGUAGGUGGCGUAACGCUGCAGACUUGGGUCCUCCUCCAAGAUGGCUCAACUGUCCUAGGAAAGGCAGUGUAAUAGCAGAAAAAUUUCUUCCCUUCAAGACACCCUUGAGCUCUGUGUACGACAGUCAGGUACCUGAGGCAAGCCGUUUCCCUCCUUCCAUGCUGGUGGCAGCCAUUGCUCGCUAUAAGCUGAAGAUGGGUCUUUGGAUAGACCUGACCAACACAAGCAGGUUCUAUGACAAAGAGGAUGUUGAAGCAGCAGGGAUCAAUUACUUGAAGCUACAGUGCCGAGGUCAUGGCGAAUGCCCAUCAGCAGAACAGACACAGACGUUCCUUCAGAUUUGUAGAAACUUCAUCUCCAAACACCCUCUUGAAAUAAUAGGUGUCCACUGCACACAUGGGUUCAACCGUACAGGAUUCCUGAUUGCAGCGUACCUGGUGGAGAACAUGUCCUGGAGUAUUGAAGCUGCAGUGAAGGCUAUAGCCAUGGCCCGCCCUCCAGGUAUUUAUAAAGCUGACUAUCUUCGGGAACUCUUCUCCCGCUAUGGAGAUGUUGCCGACACUGUUCCUGCACCACCCAGACCUGACUGGUGCAUAGAGGAAGAUUCAGUUGACCUGGAUGAUGAUGGCAAUCCACUGGAUAGUGGUCAGGACGAAGGUGGUGAGGGCCACACAAGAAGGCGGAAAGAGUUCCGCAAAAAGAAUCCAACAUUUAUGGAAGGAGUACCAGGGGUGACUCCUAUAGCAACACAACCAAAGCUUAUCCAGAUCCAAAGGAAAUGCCAGGAUAUGUGUCACUGGAAUAGUUCGGGUUUCCCUGGUAGCCAGCCUGUGUCCAUGGACAUAGAGAACCUGGACCUGCUGAGACAGAAGCCCUAUAAAGUGAGCUGGAAAGCUGAUGGCACCAGGUACAUGAUGCUGAUAGAUGGGGAAGGAGAGGUUUACUUUGUGGACCGAGACAACUGCGUCUUUCAAGUAGCUGGCCUUAUCUUUCCUAGGAGGAAGGAUCCAAUGGGCCACAUUCAAGACACUCUUGUGGAUGGGGAAAUGAUCAUUGACAAGGCCGAUGGUCAAGAUGUCCCUCGGUAUCUAAUUUACGACAUCAUAAGGUUUGAAGGCAAGGAGGUGGGAAAGACAGACUUUAAUGUCCGCUUGAUCUGCAUCUCGAAGGAGAUAUGUGAGCCGAGAAAGCAAGCAAUGCGAGAUGGACGUAUCGACCGAAACAACGAACCCUUUGGAGUACGCCAGAAGGAGUUUUGGGAUGUCACCUGUGCUGAAUCGCUCCUAGGUGAAAAAUUUUCUAGAAACAUGUCCCACGAAGUGGAUGGCCUUAUUUUCCAACCUGUGCCAGACGAGUACACCUGUGGUAGGACAAUGAGUGUGCUGAAGUGGAAACCUCCCCACCUGAAUUCAGUUGACUUCCGGCUAAAGAUAGUAAAAGAAUGUGGCCAAGGGCUGCUUCCAAAAACCUUGGGUCACCUCUAUGUUGGGUCCUAUGACAAGCCAAUUGCAAUCAUAAAGGUGACAAAACAAAUCAAGGCUUUAGACAAUAAGAUUAUAGAGUGCAAGUAUGAAAAUGACCAGUGGGUGCUGCUGAGAGAGCGAACAGACAAGUCCUUCCCAAACAGCUACAGCACAGCCAUGGGUGUUAUGAAAAGUAUUAAGCACCCUGUGACAAAGGAAAUCCUCUUAGGCUUCAUUCGUGAUCACCGAUGGCAGAACCCCCAGAAACGAAUGGUUUGUUUGGAUCGAGAUCUCAUGCCUCCUCCAAAGAUGGCUCGGUAGCAGGAUGACAUCAGUAUGCACAAAAGAACUUUGUGGUGUUACUUUGAUAUCCCAUGCAUCCACAGCUAAUGUAUAGCGUGGCAUUUUGGACUCAAUACCAUUGUUCCUUGAAUAAGCAUACUGUAGUGCGACUGGCACAGUAUUUGCCACUAAAUGUGGCUAACACUUUUUAUGUGCAUCAUGAUAUGAAUACCUUUGCAUUCACAUCGCUAUUCUUGGCAUGUGACAGACUUUGUCAAUGCUGUAGGGAAUUCUAAUGUGGUUCACUGCAGGGUUGCUGUGGGGGUGGUUAAUUCCCAGGUGUAUUCCCAGACAAAAGUUAUGUCAGGAGUAACGAACACAACAUGACAAAUAAACGGGUAAACAGCAUGUACCUUCAUAUCAACUCUGUCACACUGUGAGGUUAUCUUUGAUUUACAAUCAAGACAUUACCCUCAACUUGAGGAAAAGUUGACAUAAAUUCAACCCAACACAGUUCAGAUCUAGCAAACUGUUUUUUUUUUUUUCUUGGACAAUCAAAUAAUGUAAGUAUUUUGCAAAAAGCUGGUCAUAAAUUAAUGCAGAAUCUGAUGGCAGGCUGACACUAGUAAUGGUUGCUGCUUUCACAAGUAUGUAUGAAUCAUCAGCAACCCUAGACAGGCAGUGUAUUUGAUGAUAAUUUGGAAUGCAUCCUCUACAACUUUACGUGUUUUAAUAGUUAGGAGGACACUGAUACAUUCUUUACUGAGUUGCAAUGCUCUCUUUAAUGACCUCCUUGUUCCUCCUGCAUAAACAGCACCGCAAUACACAAAAUUGUUCCCUCAGGUGACAAAUUGCCCGGUGUGGUGAACCACACAUGCAUGCAGGUUUUAAACUUUUAAUCAUUGUUGAAAGGUGUGAGCUGUUGGAACCUGUUUCCUUUUUCUUUCCUUUCUUUUGCAUGCAUCCCUAACCAGACUUAGCCAUCAGUGCAAACUUUUUCUAACGUUGGUAGAAAGCACUCAGUGUUCCCAGUAUUUAUCUAAAUGUGAUGCAGCCCAGCUUUCAUCAUUCUUCCUUAUGUUGCAGAUGAUGCUAUAUAGAGAGAAAUCACUUGUUUCCAAAUAUGCACCAAGGUUUUUUGCUUUGUUCCUUCAUGAAUGCUAUCACCUGCUUUUUCACUGCUUUCAAUUAGGUUCUUUAGAUUUGCACUGUAAAGAACCGUAUUUAUGGAAAUGUAGUCAGGAUCCCUUAGCAAUCCAAAGUAAGCCUACAUGCCCACUUCAAUGAGGUUUGGUACGCUGUUAAUGAAACAUUUUUUUCAGAGUGCUUCAAACGGUUCAUCUAGCACAGAGUUUUUUGCGAGGUUUUGCACCCCAUUUACGAAGCCUUCACUUCAUCACAUUAGAUAUUAUUGCCAAAGUAGAAACGGUUGUGUGAGGCAGAAAAACACACCAAACAGACUCAAUUGCAAACGUCUUUCAUGUACCAUGUUUGUUUCUCAUUACUUCCGUAUGAUUCCAUGUUGUGUCCCAUAGUGCAGAUAUUGUAGGGGGCAAAAGUUUCAUUUGAUUGCGAUUAUUAUUACAUGCUGAGAUGUACAGUGAUGCUGAGAGGAUGAGUCACAGUUUCGUUGGCAUAGCAAAAUGCACAGUGCACUGUUUUAAUUUGCUUGGACUGGAGUAAUAAUGUGUUGCUGGAAUAAAUCUUGUAUGAUGCUUGG